AUCAACGCAGCUUUAGCUAUUCUUAUACCGCAUGAACAUAUUGAAUUUAAAUUGGAAGCAGUUGUAAUAAUUAUAAAUGCUCUUAUUUGUAUACACCCCACAUUCGGUGGUUGGGUUUUAAAUAAAUGCAGAUUAAAUCCAGUUAUGAUCAUCCUCCAGACCGCAUGCGAUCUGCCCGGGCGCUGUUUUAUAACGAAGGCUUCUAGAAACAUUUGCUCCCAUUUCCCGUGAAACAUGCCACCCAAGAAAAGAACACGAAGCAGCGCCAAAUCCACUAAACAACCUGUUUUAGCAGACGCCCAGCACUGUGAGGGGUCUGAUGAUGAUGUACAACUCAAAACUGGCAAAAGAAACAGGGCAGCAGCAGUAAAAAGUGAUGUGGAGAAAAAUAAAAAUGAUGACGCGUGCAAAUCAUCUUACAGCCACUGGCUCAUGAAGUCUGAACCUGAGAGUCGCAUUGAAAAUGGAGUGGACGUGAAGUUUGGAAUCGAGGACCUAAAAGCCCUUCCCAGUCAGACGGGAUGCUGGGAUGGAGUGAGGAAUUAUCAGGCACGUAAUUUCAUGAGAGAUAUGAAGGAGGGCCAGCAGGCUUUCUUUUACCACAGUAACUGCAAAGAGCCAGGUAUCGCUGGCCUCAUGAAGAUCGUAAAGGAGGCUUAUGUGGACCAUACACAAUUUGACAAGAAGGACGUGCAUUAUGAUCCCUCCAGCAAAGCAGACAACCCUAAAUGGAGUAUGGUGGAUGUUCAGUUUGAAAGGAUGACCAAGCGUUUCAUCCCUCUGGCUGAGCUGAAGAAAUAUCACUUGCAGCACAAAGCUAAAGGUGGAGCCUUGAAAGAUAUGGCCCUAUUCACCAGGGCCAGGCUCUCAGUUCAGCCCCUUACUGCAGAGGAAUUUGACUUCGUCCUGAGUUUGGAGAAUGAAGAUCCAAUAUGAAAAUCACCAUAAAAGUCGAUUUCAUCUCAUCGUAUAAUGAUUCUCUCUCACUUUAAAUGAUAUGUAGUCAGUCUUUUCUUUAUGUAAUCUAUACUCAUGUAAACUUGAAAUAAAAAAGUGAUAUUAAAUCAUUAAAAUGUUUUUGUUAAUAAAA